CAAACGCAGAAGAAAAGCGAGAAGAAAAACACACCACACGAUUGAACAUUCAAUUAUUUACAAAAGAUUGUGCAAACUAUUAAAAAAGUGAAUUACAAGCAUAUUUUAAACAAAGUUAAAAAAGAUAACAAAAAAUAAAUAAAAAUGUCGAUGUUUGGUUCAUUAAUGGGAGAUUUCGAUGAUGAUAUUUUUGGAAAUCACAUGAAUGCCAUGAACAUGCAGAUGCGUUCCAUGAACCGUUUGAUGAACACUUUUAUGCCUGACCCCUUCAAUAUGUUGACCAACUUUGAUGGCGGCUUUCAACAAAAUGCCCUAAUGGAACGCCAAAAUCCUCAUCCCAUGGGUGGAUUAUUUGGCUUUCCAGCUAUGCCCAAUAUGAAUCGUUUAUUAAGUGCAGAUAUUGGCAAUCCCGGCGGUGCCGCCUUUUGUUCAAGCUCUGUCAUAACAAUGUCCUCGGGUCCCGAUGGCCGACCACAAAUCUAUCAGGCUACUAGCAGCACAAAAACUGGACCUGGUGGCAUACGCGAAACCCGUCGUACUGUACAGGAUUCAGUUAAUGGUGUUAAAAAAAUGGCUAUAGGUCAUCAUAUCGGUGAUCGUGCUCACAUUAUUGAGAAAGAACAAGAUUUGCGUUCGGGUCAAUUGGAAGAGCAUCAAGAAUUUAUUAACUUGGAAGAAGACGAUGCCGAAGACUUUGAUCGGGAGUUUACUACAAAAGCAGGUGGUCCCUCGGGACGUGGCGGUGCUAGAGCUAUAUGUGCUGCACCAGUACCACAGCAAGCUCUUACCAUCGAAGAAAUAGAUGAUGACGAUGAUGAUGUUAUUGAAACGGUUCCUCAGGUCCAAAGACCAUCGUCGUCAUCUUCACAACAUCGUAGACAUAUGCCAGCUAUACCGGCACCAUCCCAGCCACCAUCAUCAUCAACUCAAAUACAUCAAAAUAGCUCUACUUCUAAAUUGACUACGUCCACUUCUAACUCGGCUACCAAAAUGUCGCCGUCGUCAUCAUCUUUUGCUACGUCCAGAAAUAAUAUAAAUGCUGGUUCUUCUGCAUUGUACACAACAUCUGCCAGAUCUUCAGCAACGACAGCGCCAACUUCAUCAGCAACGACAACAAGCAGUGUCAAUAACAAUCCAUAUUUAUCGACAACUCCCAGACGUUCGACCUAUCGUGGCAGUCAUCAUUUAACCGGAGCCUCAGCACGUAGACCUCUGCGAACUCCACCAUCUUCGCCGUUAGCUACAACACCAACAAUCCACAGUCAUAGUACAACAUCUACGCCAAGCGUUCAUCCACAUCCUUAUAAUACAUCGGCAGCCAGACGUUCCCAUCAUCAUCAUCACCACCACCAUCAUCAUCAGCAUCGUCCUAAACAACAUGCAACAAAGCAGUAUACAGCACCUACUUCUGCAAACAGCAAUAAUCAAAUCCCGUCACAAGCCAGGGAGGAAGAUAGUAACUCCAAAUAAAUAAAUAAAUAAGGUGUCGAGGCAAACAAAAAAAAACUCCACUGUUUUUUUUUUAUAAUUUCUUUGGGAUCGCAAGAAGAGGCCCUUUUAAUCGAGAAUAGAAACCCCAGAAAAUAAUAUUAGCAUUAUGUAUUAAUUAACUAUGGUCAAAAUUAUAAUUAUUAUUUACCUUAUUUUAUCAUAAUUACAUUUAAUUUAGUUUAGUUUUAACAUCUCAACAAAAUUCGUUCAACUGUGUGUGUGAAUGAGAGUGCGCAAGAUAAAUUCCAAGUAUGAUUGAUUGUUGUAUCAAACAAAAUAUUGUCAAUGAUGAUCGGUUAAGAAUUCCCUAAUUGGAUUUUUAAAGACAUCAAUCUUUUUUUUUUUUACAAUACAAAAAUUUCAAAUUACUAAUGAUUUCAUAAAAUUUAAGUUAUUUCUUUUUUUUAUUUUAGCUUUUAAUUUUUAUAAUUUUGUUUUUUUUCCAACUCUAAUUUCUUGUAGUGAAUUUUUUUCAUUUAAAAUUGUUUCCUUUUUUAUUUUAUAUUUUAAAUUUCAAGUUCUUUUUAAUUAAAUUCAAUUCAGUUGCGUUUGGUUUUUAUUUAAAACUUGAUAAAACAAUAUCGUAACGUAGUAUGUAAUAAAAAUAACAGAAGCAAAAAAGUAAUAAUUACAAUGAAAAAUCAUUUAAACAGAAAACAAAUGUAUCUAAAAUGUUUCUUGAAUAAACAAAAUUUAAAAUAAAACUCGA